GUAGAAUUUAUACAAUUGGCUCAGGACUACAAACCUCUGAAUCUGGGACAAGGAUUUCCAGACUUCGCCGCCCCGAGUCAUGUCCGCAAAGCUCUCAGCGACGCCACACUUAGCGACGAUUUUUUACUCAAUCAAUACACGCGUGGAUUUGGACACAUGAGACUAGUGAACGCUUUAAGCAAACUCUACUCCAAACUCAUUAAUCGCGAUAUAAGCGCACAAAAAGAGAUUUUGGUAACCGUCGGGGCCUAUGAGGCGCUGUUCUGUGCAUUCAUGGGUCUCGUCAAUCCCGGCGAUGAAGUGAUCAUAAUUGAGCCCUUCUAUGACUGUUACGAACCGAUGACAGUGAUGGCGGGCGGAAAACCUAUGUUCGUGCCGUUGCGGCCAAAGAAGGUGGUCGACCGACCCCUCAGUAGCGCUGAUUGGGUAUUAGAUCCCGAGGAACUUGAGUCCAAAUUUAGCUCCAAAACUAAGCUUAUUAUUGUCAACACUCCCAACAAUCCGUUAGGAAAGCUCUUUUCGCGAGAAGAGCUUCAAAUGAUUGCAAAUUUGUGCAAAAAAUACGAUACAAUUGCAGUCAUGGAUGAAGUCUAUGAAUGGAUUGCCUAUAAAGGAGGCGAACACAUUCGGAUGGCUUCAUUCCCUGAUAUGUGGGACCGAACCAUAACUAUAGGAAGUGUUGGAAAAACCUUUAACCUGACGGGUUGGAAGUUGGGCUGGGCUUAUGGACCCGAAAAUCUGUUACAACCGCUACGACUAUUGCAUCAAAACACUGUCUACACGUGUGCGACACCACUGCAAGAGGCGGUGGCCGUCGGUCUCGAGACUGAGAUCCAACGAUUGGGAACCGAUGAGUCGUUUUGGAAAGAAUUGCCCGAAAUGUUGGAACCAAAACGAGACCGAAUGGCCUCAUUCUUGGCCUCCGUGUCCAUGAAUCCGACGGUUCCCGAAGGCGGGUAUUUCAUGAUCGCCGACUUCUCACAACUGGCCGACAAACUCGACCUCUCGUCUGAGACGGGAACUAAAGACUAUAAGUUUGCGAAAUGGCUCUCAAAAAACAAAAAACUUCAGGGCAUACCUACGAGUGCUUUCUACUCAAAACAACACAAACAUUUGGCUGAGAAUCUGAUCCGGUUUUGUUUUCUUAAAAAAGACGAGACUUUAGAAAAAGCCGAACAAAUUAUUAACGAUUUGAAGCGAAACUUAUAGAGUGUGCGAAACAUUACUAUAGAUAUGAUAUAAGGAAAUGGUUUACACCUUAAAAGAGAAAUCUUAUUAAAUGCAAAAAAUAAUAAUUUUCUUUUUCCUUCUUCUUGUUGUUGUUAUUAUUCUUUAAAGGGAUUCAAACGCCGAUCAGCCCAUCAUUUUGCCUCAAUUUUACUGUUAAAACACAAAUUGUGUAUUACUUUCAUAUUUGGUAUUUUAUAACCAAAGGCUUUGGGUUUAUAUAAAUUUUCCAUAUGAAUAAAUUAUAGACAGUUUUUGUCUGUUCGCCAAAAAA